CCUGCCACUGCUCAGUCAUUUGUCGGGCACCUUAAUGCGGACGACGUCAACGCAGCCGAAAGGACGCUCGGAGCCGCUCUGGCCGGGGCAGAACUUCGCUCUCUUCAUCGUCAGCAGAUAAGCGAGAGAGACGCACUCGUCCGCGCAUACAUACAUACCAGACAAGUAGAGACCAGACAAGCAGCGAUCCUUCGAUGGAUGGUCGGUGGUCCGUCUUCUGUCUUACUGACUGACUGACUGACUGGCUGAGUUACUUACAAAGCUUUCUACGAAGACGUUGCCGCCUCCCCGCUUGCGGUUGGUGAAGCAGUGGGCGGCGGUCAUGCCUGUAAUGGCGCUGCCCGCAACUAUGCCGCUGCAGCGCGUACCACCUUUGGGUGCAUCAACAUCCAGAAAGCCGAAAGUACACCAGGGAUACUUCACCUGCGCCGCUCCGAUGGUGCGGCCGUCGCGGCCCAGCACACACUUCUCUCGAGCCGGGGUGGUCAUGUUGAAGGCGCUGCGAGAGAAGUCACUGUGGGGGGCGGGCCUGGGCCUUAUCGGCCAGUCGGUCGGGAGCGACGCAUUGCCCUCACGGAUGCCUGGGAAGCAACGCAGGGAGCGAACAGAGGGAAUGCCUCAAGCAAUCAAGGUAUAUGGAUGCGGGCGUGGCGUCCUGCCUGGCUGCCUGCCUGCUGACCCACCUUGGUCUUCGUCGUGCAUUCCCUUGUCCAUGAGCCUCUGGCGCACCUCCUCGUCGUUGCUGGCCAGCAGACGAGCGUAAGUGUACCCCCCCGGCACAAUCGUCACGUCCCGAUACUUGCGAGGCUCCGGCUCCUCGUCCUUCUCGUCAUCCUCGUCAACCAGGUCUUUCGGGUUUGUCCCGCCGGUGACGCGCCCGACGAACACGUAGCCGUCAGAGCGGAAGCGAUGGACGACCGCCGGCGUCAACUGCCGGUCUUUGGCCUUGGACUUGCGGAUGUCAGCGAGGCUGACGAAGGAGAAGUCCUCCGACAGCUUGAAGGCCCCAUUGCCGAUGUCUCCACAGCUGCCUCGGUGGCGGAUGUGCUGCUGCUGACACAGCGCGAGGCAGGGGGAGGCGAAGGUGAUGCCGUCGAUGACGCCAUCCGUGUGGCUCGUCGCGCACACGGGCGACUCGGUUGCGACGAACCACUUGGGAGAUCUCUUGGGGGCGGAGAGAUCACCCAAGUGGCGGCUGGUGAAGGUCGAGCAGUCGCACAAGGAGGACACGUCAGGCUGCUUCGACUCGCUGGGCGGCGGCUGGCCCUCAUCAGUGCCAGUGACGGCGGCGGAAGUGGCGACCGAGGGCUCGGGCAGCAAGGCUGGCACAAUACAUAUGACAUCCAGCAUGACAGGCAGCCAGCAUAUGUACAUAUGUAAGUGUGCAGCGCCUAGCUGUGGCGUGUUCUUGUGUCUGUGUGUCCACCUGAGAAGACGAGGAGCACCAACGCGAGACAAGACGACAAUCUUCCCAUCAUAAUGGCAGCGAAGGGGAGGCGGAGGAAGAGGAAGAGAGACGCCGCUUCCCUCCGCUGUUCUCCAACGGUGAGAGGGGCCCGGAAGCCGUCACGACCGCGAAGCCGUUGGCAACGGCUGACUUCGUUUCAUCGAGGGGACUCCUCCGAUCGACAUCGACGAGCCUGAGCCAAAGCUAUCUAUCACGUAAGCGGAAGAGAGAAGAAAGGAAGAAAGGAAGAAAGCCAGCCACGAGGCGUGCGUAGAAAGUGGUCGAUCUGUCCGUGGUUGGAUCCAUCCACAUGUGUCACCCAUUUGUCACCCACGCUUGUCUACCAUCCACCCCCG